GGAGAGGAUCGUGCGUGCUACAAAUCAUGCCAAAGCCGCGCUGGAGGCGGGCUACACCACGUAUCGUGAUCUGGGUACGGAAGGGCUAGGGAAUGCAGACGUCCAUUUCAGAGACACUAUCAACCGAGGCAUCAUUCCCGGCCCACGGAUGUUUGUCGCCACAGAAUGCAUCGCCUCCAGCAGUGGCUACGCGAUCAGGCAGGAGAACGGUAUGUCGGGAGGGACUACUGUGCCCAGGAUAUCCGAUCCUGCCGAAGGGGUCGACGGAGUGCGAGCUGCUGUUCGCAGACGACUCGGGGCAUGCGCAGACACAGUGAAGUUCUACGCCGACUAUCGCAAACGAGUGCUGCGAUUUCCUCCUGCAGCUUGGCCAGGUGGGAGGGACAUCAUGUUUAUUGAAAAGUAAUCGAUUUAUUAAUGGAAAAUCGAUUUAUUGAAGGUUGACAGACUACAGAAUGACUAGAUACAGAAGAUAAGCUUGGUAAGCU